AUGAAGAGGCAGAACGUGCGGACUCUGUCCCUUAUCGUCUGCACCUUUACCUACCUGCUGGUGGGCGCCGCCGUCUUCGACGCCCUCGAGUCGGACCACGAGAUGCGCGAAGAGGAGAAACUCAAAGCCGAGGAGAUCCGGAUCAAGGGCAAGUACAACAUCAGCGGCGAGGACUACCGGCAGCUGGAGCUGGUGAUCCUGCAGUCGGAGCCGCACCGCGCCGGCGUCCAGUGGAAAUUCGCCGGCUCCUUCUACUUUGCCAUCACGGUCAUCACCACCAUAGGUUAUGGACACGCUGCACCUGGCACUGACGCGGGCAAGGCCUUCUGCAUGUUCUACGCUGUGCUGGGCAUCCCCCUGACGCUGGUCAUGUUCCAAAGCCUGGGCGAGAGGAUGAACACCUUCGUGCGCUACCUGCUGAAGCGCAUCAAGAAAUGCUGUGGCAUGCGCAACACCGACGUGUCCAUGGAGAACAUGGUGACCGUGGGCUUCUUCUCCUGCAUGGGGACCCUGUGCAUCGGGGCAGCCGCCUUCUCCCAUUGCGAGGACUGGAGCUUCUUUCACGCUUAUUACUACUGCUUCAUCACGUUGACUACCAUUGGGUUCGGGGACUAUGUGGCGCUGCAGAGCAAGGGCGCCCUGCAGAAGAAGCCGUUGUACGUGGCCUUUAGCUUUAUGUACAUCCUGGUGGGGCUGACAGUCAUCGGGGCCUUCCUCAACCUGGUCGUGCUCAGGUUCCUGACCAUGAACAGCGAGGACGAGCGGCGGGAUGCUGAGGAGAGGGUGUCCCUGUCUGGAACCCGCAACAGCAUGGUUAUCCACAUCCCCGAGGAGGGGCGGCAGGGCCGGCACAGGUGCAAGGGCGAAGCUACCGACCUGCAGUCCGUGUGCUCCUGCACCUGCUACCGCUCGCAGGAUUGUGGUGGCCGUUCCGUGGCGGCGCAGCAGAACUCCAUCAGUGCCAAGCUCACCCCCCAGUAUUUCCAGUCCGUCUCUUACAAGAUCGAGGAGAUUUCACCAAGCACACUGAAAAACAGCCUCUUCCCGUCCCCUCUCAGCUCCAUUUCUCCCGGGUUACACAGCUUUACCGACAACCACCGGCUGAUGAGACGUCGGAAGUCCGUUUAG